UUAACUCAAGUGAGUGAUUGAUGGCCUCUUUGUAUGGGAAGAUCAGUGAAGCCGAGCAGGCGAGGCUCAAAGCUCGCCGGAAAUCCUGGAGGAGGAUCAUCACCAUUGCCUUGUCUUCCGUCGUCCUCGCUGUUGUCAUAGUGGCUGCUGUUGUUGGGACACAGUCCCACAGAGCUGGCUCCAAGAAGGAUGGAGUGGGCAGCGACCCCAGUUCGUUGUCGACCUCGGUGAAGGCCGUGUGCGAUGUGACAUUGUACAAGGAGUCGUGCUACAAUAGCAUGUCCCAGAAAGUGAAGCCCAACCAGUUCGUGCAGCCGCACGAUCUGUUUAAGCUGUCGGUCAUGGUGGCGAUGGACGAACUGAGUAAAGCGUCUGAGCAUAUCUCGGGUCAGAUGAAGGCGAUGAAUGACUCGGCGGCAGCGGCAGCAGUAGACAGCUGCGGGGAGCUCCUGGACCUUGCGAUGGAUCAUCUGAAUGGCUCUUACAUGUCGGGCCUAGAUGCUUCAGAUGAUCUACGGACCUGGCUCAGCACGGCCAGGACAUGUCUCGAGACUUGCAUUGAUGGGUUCGACGAGUUAGCCCUUGGGCCGUUGAAAGGCACGGUCAAGGGCUACCUGAAGACCCCGCAAGAGCUCACUAGCAACAGUCUUGCCAUCAUCACGUGGAUCUCGAACAUCAUGGGCUCGAUCAAGUUGAGGCGGCUCAUGGGGUUCGACUAUCCUCAUAAGAGCAGCCAAGUGGCGCCCAAGCCGUUGCAUCAUAAGGACCAAAGCUUCCCCGAGUGGCUUAAACCCAAGGACCGGAAGCUCAUUCAGAGCUCGGCGGAUCUGAGGAAGAUUGCGAAUGUGGUGGUGGCCAAGGACGGGUCAGGGAAGUACAAGACCAUCAAGGCCGCAUUAAAGGCCGUGCCUGACAAGAGUGACAAGAGGUAUGUCAUAUACGUGAAGAAAGGGGUUUACGUGGAGAACGUCCGGGUCGAGAAGCCCAAGUGGAACGUCGUGAUGGUUGGGGAUGGCAAGGACGCGACCAUAGUGUCCGGGAGACUGAACGUUGUGGAUGGGACCCCGACAUUUCAAUCCGCAACUUUCGCUGUUUUCGGGAAAGGAUUCAUUGCCCGGGACAUGGGGUUCCGCAACACUGCAGGCCCGAGCAAGCAUCAGGCGGUGGCGCUAAUGUCUACUGCAGAUCAGUCGGUGUUCUACCGUUGCAAGUUCGACGCAUUCCAAGACACCCUGUACGCCCACUCAAACCGACAGUUCUAUCGGGAGUGUGACAUCUUAGGGACAGUCGACUUCAUCUUCGGAAAUUCGGCAGUCGUGCUCCAGACAUGCAACAUCCGCCCCAGGGUCCCAAUGAAGGGCCAGCAGGACACAAUCACUGCCCAGGGCAGGGUCGACCCAAACCAGAACACUGGGAUAUCGAUUCAAAACUGCACCCUUUGGCCGUGGGGGGACCUGCGUAAUGUAAGAACCUAUCUCGGGAGGCCAUGGAAGAAUUACUCGAGGACAGUGUACAUGACCUCGUUGAUGGGGGGCUUCAUCGACCCCAAGGGCUGGCUACCUUGGACAGGGGACUCGGCGCCGAGCACGAUCUACUAUGCAGAGUACAAGAACUACGGGUCAGGGUCCAACACGAAGAACCGGGUCAAGUGGAAGGGGCUGAGGACAAAUCUAAGCACCAAAGAGGCUGAGAAGUUCACCGUGAAGUCAUUCAUCAUGGGGGACAGUUGGAUCAAGAAGGCCGAUGUCAGCUUCAAAUCUGGCCUGUGAGAGGGGAUACAUAUCCACAUACAUGACACCUGAAGGAGGAAGUAAAAAUUAAAAUUUGGCUCUAUUUAUAAUAAUUUUCUUCUGGAUAUGCAUUUUUUUGGUGAUCAAAAUCACACGCAAUAUUAAUUUAGUAUUGAUUUCGAAGAGCUGGUUCAAUAAAUUCAUGGAACUGAAAGAUAAUUAUAAGGUUUCACAUUAUUUUGCCCAAUAUAUACACAGUAUGCAUGUCUCAUCCAUCUAUAAUGUAUUCUUUCUGCACUAUAUUGAUCAACUGGAUUUUCUCGUGC